UCUCGGUAAUGAGCGCUGUGAGGCGGCGUGCCGGAGCCCGGUCGGUCUGUGGGAGGGGUCUGCCAGACCUUCGCCUCUAAUUGACCGGGGAGCGGAGUCAGUCGGGGAUGCGAGCCGCCGCGGACGGAGAGAGAGACGGACGCAUGGGCUUGACAAGACGGGAAACCCAGCCCAGGACCAAAUGGCAGAUCUGGAACUGUUUUACUUUGAGCAGCCUGAUCCCAGAGACUCCUCCCUGGCGUUAAACGGGGCAAGUGUCGCCGACAUCUGCGGAGGAAAGUCACUUUAUCCCGAUUCAGCACCAUGGACAGAGCUCCGGAGAGCUGCCCGGCUGCAGGAGAGGGAGGAGGAGGAGGAGGAGGUGGUUGAGGAGGGAGCUCAGCACAAGGAGGAAUCAGAAACAUCUUUCACCUGCGUGCAACAAGGAGACAGAGAGAGCGACGAUGACCAGAUGAUAGGAUCCAGUCCUCAAGCCUGCCAACUGAGUCAGAGCUCCUCAAGUGAAGUGGAGGAGGAGGAGGCGAUGGAGGAGGAAGAGGAGGAGGAGGAGGAGGACAUCCCAGAACUUUAUUUGUUGUCCGACGACGACCUGUCCUCCGAUGGAUCAGCAAAGUCUGUGGAUUACGGUUUCAUCAUCGCCGUGACCUGCCUGGUGACUGGCAUCUCCCUGGUGGCCAUUUCUUACACGGUCCCCAGGGACGUCCGGGUGGACCCGGACAGCGUCUCCGCCCGGGAGAUGGAGCGUCUGGAGAGGGAGAAAGCCCGAGUGGGGGCCCAUCUGGACCGCUGUGUCAUAGCAGGACUGUGUCUGCUCACCCUCGGGGGCGUGCUGCUCUCCACGCUGCUCAUGAUCUCCAUGUGGAAGGGAGAGAUGAUGAGGAGGAAAGCCUUCGCCUAUUCCAAACAUGCCGCAAAGUUGUACGGCUCCAUCAAUUUAAGAGCAGGCUCCAGCCCGACUCAGGGAUCCUGCUCACAAUUGUCGGUGGCUGAAGAGGAUUUAGAAGUGCUCAGUUGAAUUUAUGGACAGGACGAGCGGAGGGGACUUAGAAAGUGCUUAGAAAAUCCUGCCAGUGCUGUCCUAAUCGGCGGGUUUAAUGCCUUUUUUAAUUUCUCACAGCUAAUACCACUUUGUUGAUUAAUGUGGAACUUUUUAAAGGCUAGAAUCACAUUUAUCAGGUGUGUGUCUUUUCAGUGCUCUCAUGCUCAUGUCUCACAGUUCUUGGUUGCUCAAAUUAUGUCU